AAAGAGGGGGGAGUGCGCUGUUUCUCUCUCCCUGCCCCAGACCCUCCUCCUCUGGUAGCCCGUCCAUCUCAGAAUAUCGGCGGUGAGUUUUAUGGGGAGAGUGGCCGCUCCCUGCAGCGGCCCCGGCAGUAUCGUGUCCUUUCUCACCGCAGUUCCGUGCUUAUCCUGCAAACAGCGGCGGCGGCGGCGGCGGCAUCAUCAUCAGUCUGUGGCAGUGGACCGGGGCAGGAGGAGCAUGAGCGAGCAGGGCAAGAGUGCCGCGUCCACGCCAGCGAGCGGGACACCAGCCCCGGGCUCGGACACCUACAAAGGUUGGCUCUUUAAAUGGACUAACUACAUCAAAGGUUACCAGCGCAGAUGGUUCGUGCUCAGCAACGGGCUGCUGUCCUAUUACAGGACACAGGCAGAGAUGGCCCAUACGUGCCGUGGCACCAUCAACCUGGCCACAGCGCACAUCGACACCGAAGACGCCUGCAAUAUUGUUCUGAGCAGUGGGGGGCGCACGUACCAUCUGAAAGCCAGCACAGAAGUGGAGAGGCAGAGAUGGGUCACAGCACUGGAGCUGGCCAAGGCCAAAGCCAUCCGAAUGAUGAACGAUCAGUCCGACAAUGGCUCCACAGCCCAGCUAACACACUGUUAUCAGUCUGAUGACUCUGCAGACGAGGAGCCCACCACUCAGUCAGACCAAAGUGAGAUCCAGGGUACUCUCAAGACUCUGGCCAGUAAGUUGGAUGACUUGAGCACGUGCAAUGAUCUGAUAGCCAAGCAUGGUGCGGCUCUGCAGCGGUCUCUGAGUGAACUCGAGACCUUACGUGUGCCUCUGGAGGGAGGAGAGAAAAUCAAGGCUGUCAACGAGAGAGCCACCCUCUUUCGCAUCACUUCCAAUGCUAUGAUCAAUGCGUGUCGAGAUUUCUUGGAGCUUGCAGAGAGCCACAGCCGCAGAUGGCAGCGAGUUCUUCAGCAUGAGCGAGAGCAGCGCACACACCUCGAGGAGACCAUUGAGCAACUAGCCAAGCAGCACAACAACCUGGAACGAGCCUGGAGAGAGGCCCCCGCGCACGCUGUCAACACACCCGAUACACCCACCACCAACACGGGAGUGAGUGAAAGGCCCAGGAAAGAGGAAGCGAGUGAUGAAGAUGAGGAUACGGAGUAUUUUGAUGCCAUGGAAGACUCACCUGCUUUUAUAACAGUGACUGCCACGGACCCCUCUCACCACAGACGUUCUCAGAGUAAUCUCAGUAGUGCUAGUGGAGGACAGCCCAGUGACUGCAACCAGGAAGACAAUUGUUCUGUGAGCAGUAAUGAAUUUUCAGGGAAAGAGCUGCAGCCUCACAGGAAGAGGCGGACCCAGAUCCCAGAGAAGCCCAACUAUUCGCUCAAUCUGUGGAGCAUCAUGAAGAAUUGCAUUGGCAAAGAACUCUCUAAGAUCCCAAUGCCUGUGAACUUCAACGAGCCCCUGUCCAUGCUGCAGCGCUUGACGGAGGAUUUGGAGUACCACGAGCUGCUGGAUAAGGCGGCGCGCUGUGAGAACUCUCUGGAGCAGAUGUGUCUGGUCGCAGCCUUCUCCGUCUCUUCAUACUCCACCACAGUGCACCGGAUAGCCAAGCCCUUCAACCCUCUCCUGGGAGAGACCUACGAACUGGACCGCCUGGAAGAAUUCGGCUAUCGUUCCCUCUGUGAACAGGUCAGUCAUCAUCCGCCGGCAGCCGCUCAUCAUGUGAUGUCACAGCGAGGCUGGACCCUGUGGCAGGAAAUCACCAUCGCUAGCAAGUUCCGCGGCAAAUACCUCUCCAUCAUGCCUCUGGGUGCGAUCCACCUACAGUUUCAUGCGAGUGGAAACCACUAUGUGUGGCGUAAAGUCACGUCCACCGUGCACAACAUCAUUGUGGGCAAACUGUGGAUUGAUCAGUCAGGAGAUAUAGACAUAGUCAACCACAGGACCAAAGAGACCUGUCAGCUCAAGUUCUCUCCGUACAGUUACUUUUCAAGGGAAGUCCCACGAAAGGUCACAGGGGUGGUGAAGGACAGUGAAGGCCAGGCCCACUACAUCCUGUCAGGCACAUGGGACGACAAGAUGGAGAGCGCCAAGAUCGUGCAGAGUAGCAGAGGAAGCAGCAGCUCUGAGGGCAAACAGAAGACUGUCUAUCAGACGCUCACACCCAAACUGCUGUGGAAGAAAUACCCUCUACCAGAGAAUGCUGAGAACAUGUACUGUUUCUCCUCUCUGGCUUUGACCCUGAACGAGGAAGAGGAGGGUGUGUGUUGGACGGACAGCAGGCUGAGGCCGGACCAGCGGCUGAUGGAAGCGGGACGCUGGGACGAGGCCAACGUAGAGAAACAGAGGCUGGAGGAAAAACAGAGAGCCACGAGGAGGAGGAGAGAAGCUGAGGCCUCGAAGGCCAUCGAUGAAGGACAGGACUUUGAAGGCUACAUACCGCUGUGGUUCCACCAGAGGACGGAUGAACUGACGGGAGAGACUAUUUACGUUUAUAAGGGGGGUUACUGGGAGGCCAAAGAAAGACAAGACUGGAAUAUGAUUCCUGAUAUCUUCUGAACAUACAAAACAAUUGACUGACUCUUCAGACAGACAAAAGAGGAAUAAACCCUCUACAUGGACUCAUCAGGGCCUUGCGUGUGUGUGUGUGUGUGUGUGUGUGUGUGUGUGUUUAAGUGUGUGUGUUUGCAGCCCAAUGAUAUAUAUCUUUGCCCGAAUCUUAAACAGACUACUAAAAUGGGAAAACAGACGGAUGUUUUCUUUGAAGUUCACCUCAAAGACGAGUGUGUGGGAGAAAUGCGCAGUUGAACUCUUAGCCAAGUGCCGCCCCAGUUUAUCUUCCAAAGCAAAUCAGGUUCUUUUUAUUGAGUACAACCCCAUGACAAAUGCACUUUCCUCUCUUCCCAGCAGUGAAGUACACUGGACUGAGUCUUGUUUAUCAAAGAUGUUCCUCCCCGUCCCAUGCUGGCCUGGACAGCACAUGAAGAAACUCACAUAUGAAGGAGAGACUCGCUCAACUUAACACAACGCAGUACUUCUUUUAGAUUCAUAUCAGUAACAGUACCAUAUUUGGGCAAGGGAAGUUCUUGUAUUUGAAUAUCGCAGGAGCAGAAUCAGGCUUAUUGGACACACAGCUGAAGACUUUCUCACUGGCUGCACCCACUUUGCAUAGCAAAUGACAGUAAAGUUUCACCUCAUUUCUUCAGUUAACCAAUGAGCUUGAGGCAAGCAUUAAAAGAGCGCUUGUGUCUGUUGUAUUGGACAGUGUAGGUAUUCAGACACAAAAGUUUUACUCCCAUGAAUUGUCAUGCACAUGAAUUAGCUGCUUCCUGCAUUGGCUCAGUGGAGCCCCCAGUGGUCAUUAUCUUGUUACUGUGACUGCCACAGUACUCUGCAUAUCAAUGCAAUUUAAAAAUAUAUACUUUUUUGUACAAUCAGGAUACUUAAUGAAUGAAUGAAUGAACGAUCAACUAAUAAAAGUAAACAAGUCACCCGCUUGACUCACUCAGAGGACAUAGCAAACAAUCAAAAUACAAAGUGUGAUACUGAAAACACAAGCAAACAGCUUGCUGACCAGUGUUGGGUAUAGUUACUUUGGAAAGUAGUUAGUUAGGUUACAACGUUACCAUCAAUUAAAAGUAAUCAGUUAUGAUACAGCGUUACCUAUUCAUAAAAGUAACGCGUUAGAGUACUCAUGCGUUACCAAAAAUUAAAAGCCGUUUGCAGCGGCUCACACAUGACAGACACAGCCCCCGGCCCCUUUAAAUGCACCUAGAAGUCGUGACUCCCGACAAAGAAUAACGUCAGUCAUCCGACUAAGUUAACACUGCAGGAUAACAAUAACAGGAAAGACAGUCAGCAAUCGGCUAUUCCACAUGGCGUUUUAUUUAUUUAUUAUCAAAGAACAUAUUAUUAAUCAAAAUUCGCACCUACCCAGCCCGGGUAGCCUAGGCUACUGUAUAUUAUGAGCACCACAAGAUAACUCCUGAUUUUUCUUUAACUUUAAAUAAUGCAGUUAUCAAAGUACAAGUAUGCUUACUUGUAAACACAACCUUAAACAGGCUUGCAGAUUUAAAUCCAUUUAGAAAUGAUGAACAAUCAGCCAGCCAACGAUCUAACAGAAAUUAACAGCUGCCUGUCAAACAAAAAUGAUAACAAACCGAAUUAAAUCCUUCACCGCCACACAGGCAAAUGACAAAUCGCUUAAUAGCCGAACUAAUUAUUAUUAAAGUGUCACUCACAGUCACAAGCCUAAAUUCGCUUUAACACAGUCCUCUUACAUUUACUCUUCAAAGUAGUGAUUAGAACGUAGCGUUAAAUUUGAGGUAGAAUUUUUGGCGGUCGACAGAAGCUUUUCACCAACGCAGUGUGCAUUUUACCAUCAUGUUCUUUUCUUUUUCAUUGACAAAUUGAAAAUAAUGUGCGUACUUCCAUAAACCAAACGCUGUCCUCUCUGCUAUCUUGCCGGGAGUUCGAAAAAAAAAAAAAAAAAAACCCCACACACACACAGGGUCAGGCGCAGGGCACAGACGCAUCACAGCCAUUGACUUUACGAUCACAGAGCUUCGGCUCCGCUGAUCCGCAGGUGGCACAGUAUACCUAGGACUACUGUCUGACAAAAAGCAGGCUGCAGUCGGGAUUUUCCUUUCCUUAAAAUAACGGAUUACUUUUUUUAAAAAAAAAAUAACGAAGUUACUGAUUACUUACGCACGAAACUAACGCGUUAAGUUACACAUUUCAGGAAAAAAGUAAUUAGAGUACUCUAACGCGUUACUUUGUAACGCGUUACCCACAACACUGUUGCUGACCUUGUUUUGUGUUCAUAGCAUGCUUGUAUUUAUUAGCAGUAGAGAAUGUGGUUUAAAACACCCAAGAUUAAAGGGGAUUGCUGUAGUUCACAGUACAUUAUAGUGAUAGAAGUACAUUGUAGUACAGUACUUUGUGACCGAAAGACCGAUUUAAAAUUUCUUCUUAAGGUUAUAAAUCAUCAGGACUCAGGAGUGAUUAAGAAAAAAAAGGAUUUCUGUUGUUUUGCAGAGCACUUUGAAACACUUACCCCAAGCUGCAUAACAGAAACAAAUCUACCGUAUUUCUUUUAUGUUUAGCAAGUUCUAAAGCUGUGAUUCAGACCUGACGUCACUGGAGAUCAGAAUUGCUAUCAAAGUCUAGAAUAAAGCUAGAGGAGUUAUUUUAUGUUCACACCACUGUAUGUAUUUUGUGAUAACAAUAAUUAUUAUCACUAGAAUGAAGAAAAUCAUAGUAAUGAUGCCAUGCCAUCCUAAUAAAUGCUGAUUUAGUAAAAACCUGAAUUUUAACCAAGAGGUUUACUUGUAAACAGAUAUUUUAAUUUCAAAUGAUCCAGCUAGUCAAAGUUUCAUUUUUGACAAGCUGUCACUGUAUGAUCAUACAUGUACACAUUUUCUAUUAAAACUUGGAUUAAGACUUGGAUACUGGCAGGCACUUUUCAUGUCUAUACAUGCAGAAUGACUGAAGGGGGAGUGAUGAUUUGUGUAGAAUUCCCACCCAUUCAUGUAAAUGUCAUUUUCCCUAAGAUUAUUUAUAAAAACAAAUAAAGUCUUACAUUUGUGUUA